GUACGCAGCAGAGAAACAAGACAUGUGCAGAUCCGCGAAGGAGAUGAGGUACGAAUUAAAAUGAGUCCGUUCCAAGUAGCUUGGCUUAUCGCUGUCUACGCAAGCAAGGAGGGAGCGCAAAAGUAUACAAUGAACUCGAUGAACUUUAUAACUGUAAUGCUAGGUGAAGGAAGAAUAAUGGACUGGAGGAGGUGGGAUGACAUGAACUUGGUUGGACAGAGGGGAGGGAAUUGGCUCUGAAGAAUUGGACAGUUUUGAGGAGAAAACUGCUGGGAAGGGAAGAGUACAUAGAAGAAAGGUACGGAGUGUAGAGGACAGACCCGAGGGAUUUCAAGAUUAGAGGAUCUGAGAUUGCAGUAAUGCACAAGAGAUACACGGUAAAACUUUGGCAAAACAGCAACACAUCGACACAAAAAAGCGAAUCAACGAUACACCUAUCUUUCAGCAAGACAAAUAAACAAUGACGCUCGUUCUCGUAUCCAUCCAACUCUACCAACCUCGGCAUACCGGAUCCGAUGAAGACCGGCAGCGGCCAGCCGCAAGCGCAAGCGCAUCUCUUGUUCCAUUUUUAACCUUCUUUUUUUCUCCUUUCCACUCCACUUCAUGCCACUACGCCACUCCACCACACCACUCCCAUCAUACCGUAUGGAUCAUGCAAAUCAACAGCCGGCACUAGCGAGAGAAGCGCAACCCACCAGACGUCAUUCAGCCUCGUAUUUGGCAAGGCUAGCGCGAGAUGGGUUUUGGUGUUUUAGUGCAACACGAGGAACUUCUCCCUUGGUUCUUGAUUGUUGCACUUCGCGAUUGUGUCAUUAUUUGUGAGCUAAAACACGAAAGUAGGUACGAGGUACCAGUAAGUAAAAUUACGUGAGUGUGUGACGAUGCGCUGGAUGAGAUGACGGUUGUGGAGACAGGCGAUCAGUCCGAUCCCAGUUGAGCUGGAAAGUUUAUUACUUCUAUAUAUGUCCGAGUGACCCGGGGCUGAGGGUCCCUGUCUUUGUUGUUUGUUUUGUCUGCUUGCAAGAUAUUGAUACCAGAAUCAUGGUUUUGAGAUACUGCUCACCUCUAGUGCUGUUGGCGGCUGCCAGUGCCGCGGACUGGACGACCCAGCAAUGGGACGCGAUUAUUGUGGGAGCUGGGCCGGCGGGAAUUAUUGUCGCAAGUCGUAUGGCUGAAGCAGGUUUGCAAACACUCCUCCUCGAGGGUGGUGGACCAUCAUACGGUGUCACAGGAGGCGAUUUAGAUAGCCGAAGACCAGCAUGGCUCUCAGGAACGAAUCUCUCUCGAGUCGACGUUCCAGGCCUCUACAAAUCCAUAUUUGCCGAUGAAGGAAACCUCACUUGCGGACCACUGUCAGGUGGCUUCGGCGGAUGCGCCAUCGGAGGUACCACUGCUAUCAACGGCGGGCUAUUCUUCGAGCCACCUGCGAGCGAUUAUGAUUUGUAUUUCCCGGCAGGAUGGAAGUCAGCAGAUGUGAAGGAUGCCACGAGUCGACUUUACGCUACGCAACCCUCGACGAAUAUCACUUCGCAAGAUGGAAUCAGGUAUCUCCAAAGUGGGUACGAUGCAGCGAGAAAGUGGAUCGUGGAUAAUCUUGGAUUCAAAGAUGUGGAUAUCAAUGCCAAUGCGAAUGAGAAGACGCAGGUUUUUGGGCACCCGAUCUAUGAUUAUGAGAAUGGCCAGCGGAGUGGUCCGGUGGCGACUUACCUUCAAACGGCGUUGAAGAAGUGCAACUUCCACUUGCAAAGCGGAACCUUAGCUGUUCGUGUUGAGAGAACAGGUAGCAAAGCAACAGGAGUCGUAGUUACUGUUGACGGAACCGAGAAGACGGUCAAUCUCACACCAACUGGCAGAGUCAUCCUCAGUGGAGGAGCCCUUCGCAGUCCAGGUCUUCUUAUGUUCUCUGGCAUCGGAGAUCCAGAAACAUUAACGAAGUUGAAAAAUGGAGGAAAACUAUCUCCAACCAUGGACCCUCAGCAAUGGAUCAACUCGACAGCCAUCGGAGAAGCACUUUUCGACAACCCAAACACAUUUAUCGAGCUCUCCGGGCCAUCCAUCCAGUCCUACGUAUACUCAUAUGAAAACCCACCUGAGGGCGACAAGCAACUCUACCUCGAGAAGCGCAGCGGUCCAUACACAUUUGGAAGCCAAACCUCCGUCUUCUGGGACACCAUCCAGCACGCCGACGGCAGCGUCGUCGGUCUCCAAGGAACAACCGACUCCUCCGGCUUCGGCGGCUUCACCGACAACAACACCAUCACACUCAACGUCUACGGAACAUCCGGCCUGAAAUCCAGCGGCCGCCUGAUCCUCGACUCCAAAUUCAUCCCUGGUCCGAACGGAGACGAAUACUUAUAUUACUCCAACCCUCAAGACGCCAAGGACAUCGCUCAAUUCAUCUUCAAGAUUUUCCAGGGCCUUCCAGGGUCGGGCUUGACACCGCUCAAUAUCCCGCAGACUGCCACGGAGGCGGAGAUCCUGAAGUACAUCACGACACCAUCGAGGUAUGCGAGAGGGCGGGUCAGUCACUGGUCGAGCAGUUGUCGGUUUGAAAAGUGUGUCGAUGCGAAUACGGUGGUUAUUGGCAUGAAGAAUCUGCAUGUUGUGGAUUCGAGUAUUGUGCCGCCGUUGACGGUCAAUCCGCAGUUUGGGAUCAUGGUUGUGGCGGAGAGGGCGAGUGAGUUGAUUUUGGCGUUGGAUGGGAAGGCCAUUGUCUGAGAAGACGGAGGGGGGUCUAGAUGGCGUUUUCGUGGUAGCAUUGUCUUUGUCGGCCGGAGUAGAGGCGUUAUAAUCAUAAUUCUUGUCGAGAUGUUUUAAACAUGGUUAUCGACUUGGAGCACAGCAGGCAUUCAUAAUGAUACACUCGUGCAGCGCGGUAGCGAUAUUAGGGACGAAGGAAUGGGUCGUCGAGUUGAAGCACAUGCGUGAACCCCGAAUCUUUUAUCAUCAUCAUGCAUCUUCAGGGCUCCCGCAGUGGAGAUCGGCACCAACACCGUGGAUUUGAUGCGGCACCGCCCCGUACCUAAACCUUAAAUUCGACGCCACAGUACCCAAGGAUACUCUCACAUUUCAAGGUUCCAGCGAGCUGGACUUCAUCCGGUGACAUCAGCCUGAACGGCGCCUGAUCAUACGAUUUGGAACCUGAACCAGCAGAUGCAGCUUUUGGGAGCCGGUCAAAGCCGCGAAGUAGAUAUGACCGAAUAUGUCGUUCUCGACCCUUUUCUAAACCUUGGCGAGCACCAAUUCCUUCACGUCCUGGCCGACAGAACCAGUAGGGCUUCUGAAGCCAUCUCCAGAUUCCGCGAUGUAAACCGAGAUUCUCUUAGAGAGAGCUUGGUGUGGGUUCCUGAGUGAGCUACGCUGAUGAUUAGACAGUAUGACUGGAUCAUGUGCCAUUCAUUUUUUCAAGUGCCAAAAAUUCUCUCGAUGUCAACACAGUCGAAGCGGAGGGCCGUUUCCUCGGAUCCACUAUCAGCAUGAGCCGGAAAAGGUCCCGUAAUUGCUCCGGUAUUUCCACCCCCCGGAGCUCCACAUCCAAUGGUGAAAUAGCUUGCAAUUCUGGCUCCUCAAGACUCAUACGUGCAGCAGCCUUGACUGCAGCUUUGAGAGUAUCCCCUGG